GUAGAAGCGUUCUUUUCUCUUUACAUACACAACAUUAUGCAAGCACUAGGUUCUUCACUCUCAGUCCCAGAUUGCACUCUUCCGGUGCCCAGAUUCUCAAUUAAUUCCACUCUUCCAAAUUUUGCAUCUUUUGUGUCCACCCUGAGCCCCUCCAAGGUUGGAAUCAGAUUGAGUUUGACUUUUGGUUGUGGGGUUAGGAGUAGUAGGUGUGAUAGUUUUGGGGUCCAGUGUUUAGGGUCCAAUGGAGGAGAAAAUGAUGAUGGGUUUUACAUCAGAAGAUGUGUAGAGCUUGCAAGGAAGGCUCUUGGGUUUACCAGCCCCAAUCCAUUGGUGGGAUGUGUCAUUGUAAAAGAUGGGAAAGUUGUUGGUGAAGGCUUCCACCCUAAAGCAGGGCAACCUCAUGCUGAGGUGUUUGCUCUGAGAGAUGCUGGUGAUUUGGCACAAAGCGCAACGGCUUAUGUGAGCUUGGAACCUUGUAACCAUUUUGGUAGGACUCCACCUUGCACUGAAGCUCUAAUUAAAGCCAAAGUGAAAAAGGUUGUUGUUGGGAUGGUGGAUCCAAAUCCCAUUGUUGCCUCCAAAGGGGUGGAAAGAUUGAGAGAUGCAGGAAUUGAAGUAAUUGCGGGUGUAGAGGAAGAACUGUGCAAGAGCCUCAACGAGGCAUAUAUUCAUCGCAUGUUGACUGGAAAGCCUUUACUUACUUUGAGGUAAUUAAACUAUAGCUCUGUCCUUUGACA